UUACCGUAUACCAAAUUGAGAAAUGGUACAAGCUAUCAAUAUCUGUGCCAAUCAUGGAAGGCACGAAAGAAAAAGAACACCUCUUAGCCCUAAAAGUGAUGAGGCUAACCAAACCCUCCCUGAUGCCAUACCAUCCUUUGAUUAGUGACAACAGGGACCUUCAAGGGGAACUACUUCAUGCAAUCCAGACCUCAGACAUUGCUCAACCUGAUGGGGUUCCAUACUUUGGACUGGGAGAUUUGUUAACUUUGCCACAAAAUUUUGGGAACAUUUUCCUUGGAGAGACGUUUUCGAGCUAUAUCAGCGUUCACAAUGACAGUGUACAACAAUGCCGAGACAUCACUUUAAAGGUUGACCUUCAGACCACAUCCCAGAGACUAAUGUUGUCAGGAGCAGAUAUGCCAGCCACAGAGGAGCUGGGACCAGACCAGAGCAUUGACGAUGUGGUACACCACGAGGUCAAAGAACUCGGAACUCACAUACUUGUAUGUGCUGUGAGUUACACAACUAGCAAUUUUGAAAAGAUGGCAUUCAGAAAGUUCUUCAAAUUCCAGGUCUUGAAGCCACUGGAUGUGAAGACAAAAUUCUAUAAUGCAGAGUCUGAUGAGGUUUAUCUUGAAGCCCAAAUACAGAACAUAACACCAGGCCCCAUCUAUAUGGAACAUGUCAGUCUAGAGCCAUCACAGCAGUAUAUAUGUACCCAGCUCAAUAAUGCUGAUGGCAAAGAUCAAAAAGAGAUGGUGUUUGGCAAGGUUAAUUACUUAAACCCUAUGGACAUCCGUCAAUAUCUGUACUGCCUGAUUCCAAAACCAGAAGUUGUAAAGCAGAAUAAGGUCAUGAAAGGAGUAACAGAUAUUGGCAAAAUUGACAUUGUAUGGAAGACAAACCUAGGAGAGCGUGGGAGAUUGCAGACAAGUCAGCUACAGAGAGUGGCCCCUGGAUAUGGAGACAUUAAAGUUACCCUAGAGGAGACACCCGAUUCUGUUGUAUUAGAGUCCUCCUUCAAUAUCAUAUGUAGGAUUACAAAUUGCUGUGAAAGAGGCAUGGAUUUAACCUUGACCCUCCAAAACAACCAGCCUGGUGGACUUUUAUGGACUGGGAUCUCAGGGAGACAGCUGGGGAAACUGGCCCCCAAGGAACACCUGGACCUCAAGCUUACUCUGAUAGCCACUAUUCCAGGAUUACAGGCAAUAUCUGGACUAAGGAUAACAGACAAUUUCCUAAAGAGAACUUAUGAACACGAUGAGCUAGCCUCUGUGUUUAUCUACAAUGACUCCAACCCCUGACCUUUAUUGUAACACUGUGUAGGACAUUGGAUCAGACUGGAUUCUGUGAUGAAGAAGAUAAGGCUUCCAGGGCAAGACAUUCCACUAUAAAAUAAUCUGUGUUGUGGUCCAUGUGCUGAUAUUGAAGGUCUUUAGUCCUUUUUAAAUUACUGUGUUGGAUUAUUCCUCCAACUUUGCUUUAAUGUCAAGUGGAAUUGUAUCCAUCAGUUUGUCUUUCAUUGCUAGAUUGCUAGAUAUUGUGAAAGCAUGCAUUUUCAGUUUUUUUCACAGGAAUAUAAACUGUCAGUUUAAAUCUAUCAUGUGUAUAUAUUUAUUGUUUUGCAAUACUUAGGUACUUGUUAAUUAAUGGAAAAUUGUUAUCUAAAUGAAAUUUAAUAAAUUCUUUUGAAAUGUA